AUGGCAUCAACACAGUUUUCAAGCAUUCGUGCUGCUCCGGUACAAAGUGUUCAGGAGCUCAUCAAAGAGCCCAUCCCUGCAGUCCCACAGCCCUUUAUCCUGGAUGAUCCGCAGCCUCCAAUCCUCUCAGCCAGCACUCCCUUGCCACAACUCCCCACCAUUGACAUGAAACAUUUAAUUAUGAGUGAAACGGCAGGUUCUGAGCUGGAGAAGUUGCACUCAACUUGCAAGGAAUGGGGUUUCUUUCAGUUGGUGAACCAUGGAGUCAGCUCUUCAUUCAUGGAGAAACUGAAAUCGGAGAUCGGAGAAUUUUACAAACUUCCCUUGGAAGAGAGAAUGAAAUACAAGAUGAGGCCUGGUGAUGUUGAAGGGUAUGGGCUUUCCCCGAUCCGGUCAGAAGAUCAAAAACUUGACUGGGGUGAUAGGUUUUAUAUGACAACCAACCCUAUACAUACAAGGAAGCCGUAUCUAUUGCCAGAGCUCCCUCCAGCACUAAGGGAUAGCUUGGAAUGUUACUUAGCGGAGCUGCAGAAACUAGCGAUGAUGCUUCUAGGGUUUAUGGCCAAAGCUCUAAAGUUGGAGAAAGGAGAGAUGGAAGAGUUGUUUGAUGAUGGGAUGCAAUCAGUGAGGAUGACCUACUAUCCUCCAUGCCCACAACCAGAGCUGGUUAUGGGGCUUACGCCUCACUCUGAUGCUACCGGCAUCACCAUCCUUCUCCAAAUUAAUGGAGUGGAUGGUCUCCAAAUUAAAAAGGAUGGGGUUUGGAUUCCCGUGAGCUUCCUUCCAGAUGCACUUGUUGUGAAUGUAGGAGACAUUCUUGAGAUUCUGAGCAACGGAGUGUACACUAGCAUAGAGCACCGGGCAACAGUAAAUGCAGCAAAAGAGAGGAUCUCCAUUGCCAUGUUCUUCAACCCCAAAUCCUCAGCUCAGAUUAAACCUGCAGCCAGUCUGAUAAAUCCUCAAAAUCCGCCACUGUUCAAACAAGUAGGGAUGGAAAAAUACUUCAAAGAUUUCUUCUCCCGUAAGCUGGAUGGAAAAUCAUAUUUAGAGCAUAUGAAGAUAAAAAAUGAGGAAGCAUAAAGUACCUGAAGUCCUGAUACAUGCAUAUGGUUAUGUUUAAGUAUGGUAUGGUUUGGCAGUUGCAUGGAUCCAAGAAAUAUUAUAGCUUUGAGGUUUGUAGUACUGUUCCUAUCUCAUUACGUACACUUAUCGAAUAAGUUCUGUAAAAUAAAGAUUCCCUGUAGCGGGUUGUUGUGAUGUUGUUUCCUUGUUAUUC